AUGAGCAUCAUUCCUUUGGAGAGAAUUGAGGCCCAGAACAAACCCUUUGAUGCAAAGACAUCUGUCUUUGUGGUACAUGCAAAGGAGUCCUAUGUGAAAGGGAAAAUUGAGAGUAAGGAUGCAGGGAAGGUCACUGUCAAGACUGAAGGUGGAGAGACCCUGACGGUGAAAGAAGAUCAAAUCUUCUCCAUGAACCCCCCCAAGUAUGACAAAAUCGAGGACAUGGCCAUGAUGACCCACCUCCACGAACCCGCUGUGCUGUACAACCUCAAAGAGCGUUACGCAGCCUGGAUGAUCUACACCUACUCGGGUCUCUUCUGCGUCACUGUCAACCCCUACAAGUGGCUGCCGGUGUACAACCCCGAGGUGGUGUUGGCCUACCGAGGCAAGAAGCGCCAGGAGGCCCCUCCACACAUCUUCUCCAUCUCUGACAACGCCUAUCAGUUCAUGCUGACUGAUCGGGAGAACCAGUCCAUCCUGAUCACCGGAGAAUCCGGGGCCGGGAAGACUGUGAACACAAAGCGUGUCAUCCAGUACUUUGCAACAAUUGCAGCCAGCGGAGAGAAGAAGAAGGAGGAGAAGUCAUCAGGCAAAAUGCAGGGAACGCUUGAGGAUCAAAUCAUCAGCGCCAACCCACUGCUGGAGGCCUUUGGAAACGCCAAGACUGUGAGGAAUGACAACUCCUCACGCUUUGGCAAAUUCAUCAGAAUCCACUUUGGGGCCACAGGCAAACUGGCUUCUGCUGACAUUGAAACUUACCUGCUGGAGAAGUCCAGAGUCACUUUCCAGCUCAAGGCGGAAAGGAGCUACCACAUCUUUUAUCAGAUCAUGUCCAACAAGAAGCCAGAGCUAAUCGAAAUGCUCCUCAUUACCACCAACCCAUUUGACUUCCCUUUCGUGAGUCAAGGUGAGAUCACUGUUCCCAGCAUUGAUGACAAGGAGGAGUUGAUGGCGACAGAUAGUGCCAUUGACAUCCUGGGCUUCACUGCAGACGAGAAAACAGCCAUCUACAAGUUGACAGGGGCUGUCAUGCACUAUGGGAACCUGAAGUUCAAGCAAAAACCAAGAGAGGAGCAGGCAGAGCCUGAAGGCACAGAAGUUGCUGACAAGGCUGCCUACCUGAUGGGUUUGAACUCAGCUGACAUGCUCAAGGCCCUCUGCUACCCCCGAGUGAAGGUGGGGAAUGAAUACGUGACCAAGGGCCAAACAGCACAGCAGGUUCACAAUGCUGUGGGUGCCCUGGCAAAGGCACUCUAUGAGAGAAUGUUCCUGUGGAUGGUUGUUCGCAUCAACGAGCAGCUGGACACGAAGCAGCCCAGGCAGUACUUCAUUGGUGUCCUGGACAUUGCUGGCUUUGAGAUCUUUGAUUUUAACAGCUUUGAGCAGUUGUGCAUCAACUUCACCAAUGAGAAACUGCAACAGUUCUUCAACCAUCACAUGUUCGUGCUGGAGCAGGAGGAGUACAAGAAGGAGGUGAUUGAAUGGACAUUCAUUGACUUUGGCAUGGAUCUGGCUGCCUGCAUUGAGCUCAUUGAGAAGCCCAUGGGCAUCUUCUCCAUCCUGGAAGAGGAGUGCAUGUUCCCCAAGGCAACUGACACCUCUUUCAAGAACAAGCUCUAUGACCAGCACCUGGGCAAGUCCAGCAACUUCCAGAAGCCAAAACCUACCAAAGGGAAGGUUGAGGCUCACUUCUCCCUGGUGCACUACGCUGGCACAGUGGACUAUAACAUCACUGGCUGGCUGGAGAAGAACAAGGACCCUCUGAAUGAAACUGUCAUUGGGCUGUACCAGAAAUCGUCUGUGAAGACCCUGGCCUUGCUCUUUGCCAACUAUGGUGGAGCAGAUGCAGCCGAGGCAAGUGGUGGUGCUGGCAAGAAAGGUGCCAAGAAGAAGGGUUCUUCCUUCCAGACUGUCUCAGCUCUUUUUCGGGAGAAUUUAAACAAGCUGAUGACCAACCUGAGAAGCACCCACCCCCAUUUUGUACGGUGCAUCAUUCCAAAUGAAACUAAAACACCUGGUGCCAUGGAGCACGAGCUGGUGCUGCAUCAGCUGCGCUGUAACGGCGUGCUGGAAGGGAUCAGGAUUUGCAGGAAAGGAUUUCCCAACAGAGUCCUGUAUGCAGAUUUUAAACAAAGAUACAAAGUAUUAAAUGCCAGUGCUAUCCCAGAGGGACAGUUCAUUGACAGCAAGAAGGCUUGUGAGAAACUACUUGGAUCAAUUGAUAUAGACCAUACUCAAUACAAAUUUGGUCACACUAAGGUGUUCUUCAAAGCUGGGCUGGUGGGCCUCUUGGAAGAGAUGAGGGAUGAGAAGCUGGCACAGCUCAUCACCCGCACCCAGGCCAGGUGCAGGGGAUUCCUGAUGAGGGUGGAGUACCAGAGAAUGGUGGAGAGGAGGGAAUCCAUCUUCUGCAUCCAGUACAACAUUCGUGCAUUCAUGAAUGUUAAACACUGGCCAUGGAUGAAGCUGUUCUUUAAGAUCAAGCCCUUGCUGAAGAGUGCUGAAUCUGAGAAGGAAAUGGCCAACAUGAAACAAGAGUUUGAGAAAACCAAGGAGGAACUUGCGAAGUCUGAGGCAAAACGGAAGGAGCUGGAGGAGAAAAUGGUGAAACUGGUACAGGAGAAAAAUGACCUGCAGCUUCAGGUUCAGUCUGAAGCUGAUGCUUUGGCUGAUGCUGAGGAAAGGUGUGACCAGCUCAUCAAAACCAAAAUCCAACUCGAAGCCAAAGUUAAGGAAGUGACUGAGAGGGCUGAGGAUGAAGAGGAAAUUAAUGCUGAGCUGACAGCAAAGAAGAGAAAACUGGAGGAUGAAUGUUCAGAGCUGAAGAAAGACAUUGAUGACCUUGAGCUAACACUGGCCAAGGUGGAGAAGGAAAAACAUGCCACUGAAAACAAGGUAAAAAACCUGACCGAGGAGAUGGCAGCCCUGGAUGAGACCAUUGCCAAGCUGACAAAAGAGAAGAAAGCCCUCCAAGAGGCCCAUCAGCAGACCCUGGAUGACCUGCAGGCAGAGGAGGACAAAGUCAAUACUCUGACCAAACCCCGUGACCUGGAAGAGGCCACGCUGCAGCACGAAGCCACGGCUGCCGCCCUGCGCAAGAAGCACGCGGACAGCACAGCUGAGCUGGGGGAGCAGAUCGACAACCUGCAACGCGUGAAGCAGAAGCUGGAGAAGGAGAAGAGCGAGAUGAAGAUGGAGAUUGAUGACUUGGCCAGUAACAUAGAGUCUGUCUCCAAAGCCAAGGCAAAUCUGGAGAAGAUGUGCCGCACUCUGGAAGACCAGCUGAGUGAAUAUAAAACAAAGGAGGAGCAGAAUCAGCGCAUGAUUAGUGAUCUUAGUGCUCAAAGAGCUCGUCUGCAGACAGAAUCUGGUGAAUAUGGACGUCAGGUAGAGGAAAAAGAUGCUUUAAUUUCUCAGCUGUCUAGAGGGAAACAGGCUUUUACCCAGCAGAUUGAAGAACUGAAGCGGCAACUAGAAGAAGAGAUAAAGGCCAAGAACGCCCUGGCCCACGCCCUGCAGUCCGCUCGCCACGACUGUGACUUGCUCCGGGAACAAUAUGAGGAGGAGCAGGAGGCCAAGGGGGAGCUGCAGAGAGCCCUGUCCAAGGCCAACAGUGAAGUGGCCCAGUGGAGAACCAAAUACGAGACGGACGCGAUUCAGCGCACGGAGGAGCUCGAGGAGGCCAAGAAGAAGCUGGCCCAACGUCUGCAGGAUGCAGAGGAACAUGUUGAGGCUGUCAAUGCCAAAUGUGCCUCCCUGGAAAAGACAAAGCAGAGGCUGCAGAAUGAAGUGGAGGACCUGAUGAUUGAUGUGGAGAGAUCCAAUGCUGCCUGCGCUGCUCUGGAUAAGAAGCAGAAGAACUUUGACAAGAUCCUGGCAGAAUGGAAGCAGAAGUAUGAGGAAACGCAGGCUGAGCUGGAGGCCUCCCAGAAGGAGUCGCGCUCUCUCAGCACGGAGCUGUUCAAGAUGAAGAAUGCCUAUGAGGAGUCCUUGGACCACCUGGAGACAAUGAAGCGGGAGAACAAGAACUUGCAGCAGGAGAUUUCCGACCUCACGGAGCAGAUUGCCGAGCAAGGAAAGGCAAUUCAUGAGCUGGAGAAAGUCAAGAAGCAGGUUGAGCAGGAGAAAUCUGAAAUCCAGGCUGCUCUGGAGGAAGCAGAGGCCUCCCUGGAACAUGAAGAGGGGAAGAUCUUGCGGCUGCAGCUUGAGCUCAACCAGGUGAAGGCUGAGAUUGACAGGAAGAAAGGCAUGAAGGGGGAAGACUUUGCUCAGGUAGAAGGCUUAUUAUGGCAGGUUUUAGAAUUCAUCUCUUGCCAUGUCCUUCCUUUUACACAGAACACCAGUUUGAUCAACACCAAGAAGAAGCUGGAAACAGACAUUGCCCAGAUCCAGGGAGAAAUGGAAGAUAUGGUCCAGGAAGCCCGCAAUGCUGAGGAGAAGGCCAAGAAGGCCAUCACAGAUGCGGCCAUGAUGGCAGAAGAGCUGAAGAAGGAGCAGGACACCAGUGCCCACCUGGAGAGGAUGAAGAAGAACCUGGACCAGACAGUGAAGGACCUGCAGCACCGUCUGGAAGAGGCUGAGCAGCUGGCACUGAAGGGAGGGAAGAAGCAGAUCCAGAAGCUGGAGGCCAGGGUGCGGGAGCUGGAAGGGGAGGUUGAUGCUGAGCAGAAGCGCAGCGCUGAAGCCGUGAAGGGUGUGCGCAAGUACGAGCGGAGGGUGAAGGAACUGACCUACCAGUCUGAGGAAGACAGGAAGAAUAUUCUCAGGCUGCAGGAUCUGGUGGACAAGCUGCAAAUGAAAGUGAAAUCCUACAAGAGACAAUCUGAAGAGGCUGAGCAGCUGUCCAAUGUCAACCUGUCCAAGUUCCGCAAGAUCCAGCACGAGUUGGAGGAAGCCGAGGAGCGGGCUGACAUUGCAGAGUCACAGGUCAACAAGCUCCGAGCCAAGAGCCGGGAGUUCCACAGGAGGAUAGAAGAGGAAGAGUGAGAAUGUCCCGAGGCAGCAAAGUGACCUGAGGGGCUGCACAAAAUGUGAACCCCUUGGUCACUUUCCUUCUGCCAUGAAUCUUUGUGCCCACCUCAGUGUCUAGUGAAUAAAGGUUGUAGUAGAUUCCUCUGCAUGCA